AUGGAACCGCCUGCUCCUUCUGCUUCAACUGCUGCCCAGGUCACCGCCGCUUCCACAACAGAUGACGCCCGGCAAUCUGACGCGCAGAAUGGAGUCACGGUGACGCAGGUACCAUCAAGGACCUAUAGCGACUUUAGUGUUUGCGUUCCGAUCAGUCACCAAGAUCCAGACGCGCGGUCGUCAAUCAUCGCCUCCAGCUCUGCAAUCUCCAGAAUCAAACGAGUUCUACACUGUUUUAAGAAUGGCGAACUCGAGGCUGAAACAGUAAACGGGAUCCGGUUUAUCCUACCGCAGAGUCAGAUCCAAGAUUACGAAAACGGGCCUGAGGCUCUCCAAGUAUACACUAAUCGUGCGAGCAGGGCGGGUCCGAAAGCGAAACGAAGCAAAUCAAACUACGCGACCUUGGGCAAUCUUUCCUAUCUUGAUGGCGGCGCACAUUCUGCCGGAAGUGCAAGAAGUACACCUGAUUUAUCUGAUCUAGAGGUGUCGGCGAAGACAUUACUGGAAAAGAGAUCUAGAUCUAGCGCUAGCAGUAGUAAGGCUGGAUCAGAGGAGAAGGCUACUGUUGAUCUCAAUGACAUUCCUGGAUACGAGAGAGAGUACCUUGUGAAGUUUGAAGCAGAUUCAUAUUUCCAUCUUCACUGGUUACCAGGUGACUGGACUUUAGGCUCUGUCAGUGGGCCUAAACUCUCAUUCUUUCACAAAAACCACCCGAUUGCAGAGUUUGAUGAGUCAAAAAUCAUCUCUGAGGAUAAGAAGAUAAUUGAUUCAGUCUUGGAGGUCAAUUAUAAGGGUGGCAAGCAUUUUCGUCAGAUGGGAUUCAGAUCUGAAAAUGCAGCACAUUCAGCUAUCGAUCAGGUUGAAGAUGUACAUUCAAAGUACAAGGGUCUAGAAUACACAGAGACCUACUGGGAUUCACCUCCUAAACCAUCUGAUAUAGCCUAUUAUGAGGCAUUCCAGAAAGCCUAUAAUAAGUAUAUCAGAGGGUUUUACGUUGAGCCACCAACAAACGUGAAGUCUCGGAUAACUGCAGCUCGCUCAAUACCAUUCAAGAAUCUCGAGUUUAAGAAGCAGCCUGCUUUCAUCGCAAAUGGAAAAUUGAUGCCAAAUCAGUUGGAAGGACUGAAUUGGCUGUACUACAAAUGGCAUCAGUCUCAUAAUGCAAUCCUUGCUGAUGAUAUGGGUGUGGGAAAGACAGUUCAAAUUAUCAGUUUCUUUCUGGCAUUGUUCAAGAAGCACAGAGUCUGGCCAUUUUUGGUUGCUGUGCCUCAGGCAACAGUCCCCAACUGGAUCCGAGAGCUUGAAAAGUGGGCCCCAGAAUUACGUGCAGUAGCUCUCUAUGGUGGCAAAGAAAUCCGCAGAGUUCAGAAGGAUUAUGAAGUCAAUGUGACCCAUGAUCCCAAUGCCCUCAAUUGUCAUGUUAUGGUUACGUCUUUCAGUUCUGUAUUGAGUGAAGUUGGUUUUUUGUCGAAAUUCAGGUGGCAGGUUUUGGUUGUGGAUGAGGCACAGAGGCUUAAGAGUGAUAAGAAUCAGAUUUACGAUUCUCUGUUGAGACUCAAUGUUGGCCAUAAAGUCCUUUUGACCGGAACACCACUGCAAAACAAUGUCCGCGAGCUCUUCAAUUUGCUGCAAUUCUUAAACCCUACAAAAUUUGAUGCAGAUGACAUGGAACGGAAAUAUGCUGAUUUAGAUGAAGGUGCUGUCAAUGAGAUUCGUGACAUUCUAAAGAGUUACGUUUUGCGUCGUACCAGAGAAGAAGUUUUUCGUGAGUUACUUCCAGAGAAGGCAGAGAUCAUUGUCCCUGUUCGGAUGGUACCACUCCAAAGGCGUCUGGCUCGAUCACUGCUGGAAAGAAAUUCCUCAGUGUUGAAGGCAAUUGCCAAUGAUGCAAAGAUUGGCAGCACAAGUCUCAAGCAUGUCUUUCUAAGUCUUCGCAAGUGCAUGUGUCAUCCGUAUUUCUUGGAUAGGAAUAUUGAGGAAGCAACCAAUGAUUCCAAAGAGAGCUUUGCCCGAUUAACAUCUGCUAGUGGCAAGCUUGAAUUGCUUUCGAAAAUGCUUCCCAAGCUUAUUGAGAAAGGUCACCGUGUCCUGAUAUUCAGUCAGUUUCUUGAUGUGCUCACAAUCUUGGAGGAUUUUUUGUAUGGGCUGGAUAUCAAAUAUGUGCGUAUGGAUGGCACUAUGAGUGCUCAAGAUCAGCAGAGGCAGAUUGACCUGUUUAAUGCUGAGGGAUCUGAGAUGUCAGUCUUCUUGCUAUCUACAAGGGCAGGUGGUGUUGGCAUCAAUCUCGCUACUGCGGAUACUGUUAUCAUAUACGAUCCUGAUUUCAAUCCGCACCAGGACUUGCAAGCCUUAUCCCGUGCCCAUCGAUUUGGUCAGAAGAAUAAGGUUCUUGUCUUCAAUCUCGUUACGCGAGGCUCAGUCGAAGAAAAAAUCUAUGAAGCUGGCCGCAAAAAGAUGGCGCUAGAUCAUCUUCUGAUUGACAAGAUCGCGCUGGAGACAGAUGAGAAAAUCGAUACACAAGCAAUCUUGAAAGCCGGUGCUAGAGCAUUGUUCGAUCCUAUCGACGAGGAAAAAGAGAAGAGUCUUGUAUACGACGAUGCAGCGAUCGAGAGACUCUUAGAUCGCGCACAGGCAGAUGCUGACAGCAGUGAAUCCGAGUCAAAUGAAAAAGAGUCAAAUCCAUUUGGUUACGCAAGAGUCUGGGAUACAGGCGCUGAUGAUCUUGUGGAUGCACCAGACGCGUUAUUGGCUGCGGCCGAAGAUGCGGCGAGUGAUGAUUCUGAUCUUUGGGAAAAGGUAUUGAAGGAGAGGGAGCAGAGAGCUGCACAAGAUCGACAGUUACAAAUGGAGCAUUUGGGACGAGGAAUGCGUCGCGUUGCAUUAUUCGGAUCGUAUAAUCAGGAUGAGGGGCCAGUAGAAGCGGAAUCAGCAAAACAGGGUUCCGGCUCAGAGUUUGAAAAUGCUGGAUCGCCCGCAUCAUCAGAUUUUUCGGAUGCUGUGGCUGAUCCUGAAGAUCUUCAAUCUGUUGGUGUUGUGCCCGCAAUUGAAUCUGCUCCUCCUUCUGCUCCUGCUCUUACUUCUGCUCCUGCUUCUACGCCUGCUCCUACGUCUGCUCCUACGUCUGCUCCUGCUCCUACAGAAGCUGAUACGCAGGCCCAGGCUGCCUGGGAACAGGAACGGCAGCAAGCACAUACUCAGGCUCUGGCACGUGCUAAAGCUCAUGCUCGAGUUAAGGCUAAAGCUGAGGCUAAAGCUGGUGCUAAGGCGGCUCCCGAUCCGGCGGUCGUCCAGAUGUAUGCCCAGGCUGAGUCUCAGCAGGCUCUGGCUAUGAAUACUAUGCUCAACGUUCUGCCUCCAGAACAGCAGGCUCAAAUUCGGCAAAUUUUGACUCCGCGUCAGCAGGCUCAGUUUCAGCGGGCGCUUAUUCGGGCUGAGCAGGCACUGAAUCCGGCUCAGCGGGCUGAAAUUGAGCAGAUGCGUAUUGGGCUUCAGAAGUUUCAACAUUCUCUGAAUCCAGCCUGGCGGGGUCAUAUUCAGCAGCUUCUGUUCAAAACCAAGUUCUUUGAGCAGGGUGUGAGUCGGGCUAACCUUUCUGAGAUACAGGCUCUGACUCAAGUCUUGACGGGGCUUUCAUCUCAGCUUCUGGCUCUAUCUGGGCCGGCUCCCAAUUCUCCGUCUCUCUCCCAGGGUGGAAAUCCUUUAUCCACAUCUUCCUCGAGCGAUCCUGUGGCUGCUGUGAUGUCUGCGUCAGCGUCUGCUCAGAAUGUUGUUAAUGCUCAAGCUCCGCUUCAGGCUCAGGUGCAGGCAUCUCCUCAGGCUCAGGCAUCUCCUCAAGCUCAGGUCCAGGCUCCUGGCAAUACUCAGGGUCAAGCUCAAGCGUUCACAUUUGCUCCCGUUCAUACUCAGUCUCGGUAUCAGGCUCCCACUGAGCCUCAGGCUCAAGCUCCGGUAUUGAUUCCUGCUCCCGCUAGUACUCAGGCUCAGUCUCAGUCUCAGUCUCAGUCUCAGUCUCAGCCUCAGGCUUACACCCAGACUCAGACCCACGCUCAAGUCCAGGGUCCAAAUCAGGCAUCGGUUCCUGCACCCGCUGGUGCUCAAGCUCAAAAUCAGACUCAGACUCAGGCUCAGGGUCCUGAUCAGGCGUCGAUUUCUGCUCCUGUGAAUACUCAAUCUCAAGUUCAGGGUCCAGCUCGGGCGUCGAUUCCUGCUCCCGUCAAUACUCAAGCUCAGUCUCAAGCUUACACUCACUCUCACACUCAAUCUCAGGCUCAGGGUACAGCUCGGACGUCGAUCCCUGCUCCCGUCAAUACUCAAGCUCAGUCUCAGUCUCAGGCUUACAGCCAGACUCCGACUCACGCUCAAGUCCAGGGUCAAGCCCCGGCGUCGCUUCCUGCUCCCGUUAACACCCAAGCUCAGGCUCACACUCAAAAAGAGUCUCAGGAUCAGGCUCGGGUGUCAGUUCAUUCUCUUCUUAAUACUCAAGCUCAAGCUCAGCCUCAGCCUCAGUCUCAGUCUCACGCUCAGUCUCAGGGUCCAGCUCGGGCGCAGAGUCCUGCUCCUGCUAAUUCUCAGGCUCAGGUUCAUGCUCCCGCUCAGCAGACUCAUGCUCAAGCACCGACUCAUGCUCAAGCGCAGGCUUCGGCUCAGGCUUCGGCUCAGAGUCAGGCUGAACCUGCUACAGCCAGCUCGUCUUCAAAAGAGUCAACAGCCAGUGUGACAAAGACAGCGCCAGAGCCUUCAGAUAGGCAGAGAUUUACUACAGCGACACUAACAGUCGAGUCUUAUAUGGCAUUACGAGAUCGUACAUGGGAAAUGCUGAAUAGAUCGAUGGGUGAAUACGCCUAUCGCCAGCCGUUUCUCUGCGAUGGUACCCACACGACACAUGCACCGGGCGAAUGUCCUAUGCGUACGAUAGUGCCAGAAGUAUGUCCGCUUUGCGACCGAGUGCAUUUCCAAUCGGCGUGUCCGAGACUGAUGGACAUACGAGAGCUUAUGCAUAUACUUGAGCUGGUGGAAAACUCGCCAGAGGAUCAGAAGGUGAAAGGGCCGGUUCUUCAGUUGUUGCGCAUUUUGUAUGCACAUUUGUCGAAGAGUUUGCAUGAACUUGUGGCGAAGCCUGCGGGUGCGAAAUAG